AUUGGUUGGAGAGUUUGCGUCAAAAAGUUGCCAGAGAGGCGCUUUCUCAGCAAAUCUGUCUGAGAGCGGAACCUUCCUCAGCUCCAACUCAGCCUCCUCUAUUAUUAAAAAUAAAAAUCGCUAGAGCAGCUCGGUGGUCACAUCUACUUUGUAUGUAUCGUGGACGGACACACGCUUGUAUACAACUCUGGCCACUUCAUUUUCUGUUGUCUAGGAAAGGAUUUUUUUUUUUUUUGCUUAUGUUUGACUUUUUAUGGAAGGGUGAAGACUACCAGCUUUUUUUUUUUUUAACUGAAUACUCUUGAUUUCUUUUAGGAUAGCUGGCUAUUUGGAAUCUUGAAGGAUAAUUUGAUUUUUUUUCUUUUCUAACCUCCAAUGUGGCUGUAAGCUCCAUCACGCCAAACCCACCCACCAAGGACACUGACCCUGUCCACUCCAGGAGAAUCGCGACCGUCCGGCUGGGUUCCCCCAAUUUGGGCCGACUUUGCGCCUCCAAACAACCUUAGCAUGAUGUCUUAUCUAAAGCAACCGCCUUAUGCAGUCAAUGGGCUGAGUCUGACCACUUCGGGUAUGGACUUGCUGCAUCCGUCCGUGGGCUACCCGGCCACCCCCCGGAAACAGCGGCGGGAGAGGACUACAUUCACCAGGGCACAACUGGACGUUUUGGAAGCUCUGUUUGCCAAGACCCGGUACCCAGACAUCUUCAUGCGGGAGGAGGUGGCUCUGAAAAUCAACUUGCCGGAGUCCAGGGUACAGGUAUGGUUUAAGAACCGAAGAGCUAAGUGCCGCCAACAACAGCAGCAGCAACAGAAUGGAGGUCAAAAUAAAGUGAGACCUGCCAAAAAGAAGACCUCCCCAGCUCGGGAAGUGAGUUCAGAGAGUGGAACGAGUGGCCAGUUCACCCCCCCCUCUAGUACCUCAGUCCCCACCAUUGCCAGCAGCAGUGCUCCCGUGUCUAUCUGGAGCCCAGCCUCUAUCUCCCCGCUGUCAGAUCCCUUGUCCACGUCCUCCUCCUGCAUGCAGAGGUCCUACCCUAUGACCUAUACUCAGGCUUCAGGUUACAGUCAAGGAUAUGCUGGCUCAGCUUCCUACUUUGGGGGCAUGGACUGUGGAUCUUACUUGACCCCUAUGCACCACCAGCUUCCUGGACCGGGGGCCACACUCAGUCCCAUGGGUACCAAUGCAGUUGCCAGCCAUCUCAAUCAGUCCCCAGCUUCUCUUUCCACCCAGGGAUAUGGAGCUUCAAGCUUGGGUUUUAACUCAACCACUGAUUGCUUGGAUUAUAAGGACCAAACUGCCUCCUGGAAGCUUAACUUCAAUGCUGACUGCUUGGAUUAUAAAGAUCAGACGUCCUCAUGGAAAUUCCAGGUUUUGUGAAGACCUGUAGAAGCUAUUUUUUUUUUGUGGGUGAUUUUUAAAUAUCCUGGGAUGGACACAUUCCAGUUUUAGCCAGGCAUUGGUUAAAAGAGUUAGGCGGGGUGAUGCCCAGCUCCUCUGAUCAAAGUUCCCAAGAGGCAUAGAAGGAAAAAAUGAAAGGCCUUAGAGGGGCCUGCCAACCAGCAACCUGAGGUGGACAAACCAAUCUUAAGAUUCUAUCAUAGUUCUAGAUCAUUGGUUUUCUGAUUUGCAAAUGAUUAGACAAAUAUUCUAGUCACACGCAACCAAGCACACUCAAAAUAAAGAUCAAACAAAUCUAAGUUGAGAGGGAAGGUCAUACAUACCCUUCGAAGCAGAGGUUUUUAGCCAAUCCUUGGUUGAAUCUUAGGAAUGGACAGUGUCCCAAGCUCAUUCGAGUUUCAUGACCAACUGGUAGUUGGCACUGAAAAACUUUUCAGGGCUGUGUGAAUUGUGCGACUGAUUGUCCUAGAUGCACUACUUUAUUUAAAAAAAAAUAAUGUUCAUAAGGAGUCAAUAUGUAGUUUAAGAGACAAUCAGUGUGUGUCUUAUAUAAAUGGUACAUCUGUGGUUUUUAAUCCUGUGCUAGACUUCAAAACUGUGAUCUCCUGUUAUUGUAUGCAACCUUGAACUCCACCUAUGCAGGGGUUCUUCUGUGAUUAAAUAGGUUAUAAUUAUAAGCAAAAUUCAGAGCAAUUGAACACUGAUGUGGAAAGAUUGACUUUGGCUGGAGGUGAGUUGCCCUGCCAUCUCUGGUCAAGGAUGGAGAAGCAGCAAAAGGAUGCUGACUCGUCCGUAAUUUCUCGGUGGUAAGCCUGGCAGUGGGAAGCCGUUGAUUGCUGCUCUGACCCUGGUGAAUCUUAAGCUGAGAUCAUUGUCAUUUAUGCUUGCAGAUGUUAACUGGAAGUUAUAUAUGCAUAAACCCUUUCUUCCUGGAUUUGGCAGAUAUGUAUAAUUAUAUUAAAAUGGUUCUAGCACAA